AGUUCUGUCAUCAUGGACGUAAGCUGUUAAAUCUGUCAUAAAAUUUCAGGUGAUCGCUACGCAGUUUCCGUCAUUACGUCAUUGCAUGACAAUAUUAUUGAAAAAGAUAGAUUAACGGAAUAUAUAAAUUCCAUUGUACAAUGAAGUGGUUUGUGGGAAGUAUUAAUGAGGCGGUUGUAAUGUCAAAAUCAAGGAAGGCAAUUUUCGUAGUGUUUGUUGAAGGCAAAGAUGACACAUCAGCACAACUUGGCCAGGUAAUUAAUACUCCUGAAGUUUCUUCUUGCUUGGAGGAAGAGCAUUUUGUAGCUAUCAGAGUGGAGAGUGAAUCUGAAGCUUAUGGAUUUUUUGUACAGAUCUAUCAAUUAGUACCAGUACCAUCUUUAUUUUUCAUUGGAGAAAAUGGUACUCCAUUGGAAAUUAUUGCUGGUACUAUAACUCCAGAUGAUUUAGUAUCAAAGAUUAAUAAUGUAUUGAUACAAGCAGGAAAGAAGAAUAAAAAUUUUUCAUUGAGCUUAAUUGAUGCAGAACAGAAAGCUGCAAUUGCUAGUAGCAGUACUAAUACUGCUGCUGAAUCUGCUGAAUCUACUGAAUCUAACAUAGAUAAUGUUAAAUGUAAUUCAAAUAUAGACUCGACGUAUGAAUCUACAACAGCUGAUAUCUCAAAUAAUAAAGAUGUUGCUACUGAAUCUGCUGAAUCUAACAUAGAUAAUGUUAAAUGUAAUUCAAAUAUAGACUCAGUGUAUGCAUCCACGACAGCUGACAUCUCAAAUAGUAAAGAUGUUGCAGAGGAUUCUGUAAAGGCUACAACUUCUUUAAACAAAGAAGACAAAGACAAUAAUGAAGCAUCGCAGGAAAAUAUUGAAGUCAAACAAGGAAUACAAAUUAAGGAAUUAACAGCAGAGGAGAAGCUAGAAAGAGCUCAGAUAAUAAUGGAGUUUCAACGAAGACAACGACUAGAGGAGGAACUGAAAAAAGAACGAGAACAGGAGAUUGAAAGGCGCAAGAGGGGACGUGAUGUGCAAAAAAUGCGGCAAAUGCAGCAAGAUUUGGAGAUGAAGCAAGCUUGCGAGGAAAGGAUGCGGGAAAAGGCUGCUGAAGCAGCAGCUCGUGAAAAAGUUAAGCAACAAAUUGUUCAAGACAAAUUGGAGCGGAAACAAAAAGAGCUUGCACUGCAGCAACAGUUGCAGCAACAGCAGCAGUCUCAACAAGAGCAACCUAAGCAAAAUCCAGUACCUAGUAACGCGACUGUAACCAGAAUUCAAUUUAGAUUACCCUCUGGUAGUUCUCAUACAGGACAGUUUGAACCAUCGAGCACUCUACGCACUUUACGCGAUUACGUGAUCGGAAAUAUUGAACUACCCUUUCGUAAAUUCUCUAUGUCUACGUCAUUUCCUCGAAGGAUAUUGACUGACGAAGAAGACGACAAGACCCUUCUACAACUAGAACUAGUCCCAACUGCCGUUAUUUUAAUUCUUCCUCUGAAAAAUUCGAAUGCUGCAACAACGGUCACAUCGGCACAGGACGUUGGCUUUUUAUCUCGAUAUAUGUGGCCUUUAUUUACGCCCGUUUAUAAUUUCAUAUUUGUCAUAAUAGGUUAUUUCUUUGGCACUAACAGAAAUACAGAUCGCCAACGAAGUAAUUCCGACAGCAAUAAUAGAGAAACAAGAAGCGCUGAUGGAGCGACUCCACCGAAUCGCCAAAAUGUAGCUGAAUCAUCGGGUUUGGUUAGAAGAUAUUUGGGUAAUCGAGAAGGAACGACAAUCAGGGCUCGAGGAAAUAUACACAGACUGCAUUCAGAUGGUGAUGAUAAUGACGAAAAUAACACUUGGAACGGUAACUCUACACAACAAAUGUAACUUAAUGAAAAUUUAAUUCAUGUCACGCAACCAAUCGAAUUUUUUUAUUAAUCUUAAUAUAUAAAUGCUAUGGUGCAAUUGAUAUCCAACACUUUUCAUUGUUAAGCAACACUAAAAAUUAUUUAUAACAUAUAUUUUUCACGCAAGCCACAUGUUCUGACAAAUGUGUUUUAGUAUUAAUAUUUAAAUAUAUAUACGGAUUAGAAAUAUCGUGAAGGUAAAUAUUCGGUAAACAAUAUUUCAUUGUCAGCAUAUACAAGGUGGCACUUAUUUAAAUUGCCUUCAAAACCUAACGUUUAUUAAAAUGCUUUAUUGCAUUCUGAAAAACGUGUAUUAUAAUGCUAAUACGCAUAUAAUUAUGCUAACAUGAUAUUUAAAGUGACUCAAUACAUUCUGACAUAACGCAAUUAAUAUGGAUAGAAUAUACUUGAAAAAAAUGAAAAUCAUGAAAAUAAAUCGUGGAACCUUCGAGUAAUGGGUGAUAUAUGGACCAAAUGUAACAAGUUUCGUAAAUAUCAGCGAAUUAUGAAAAUCUCGUGAAUGUUUGUUGACUUUUUAAAUUUGAAAUGUAGCAUUCAUUAUAUUGGCUUGUAUAAAUUUGAAGUUUAACAAUAACAUCAAUUUCUUUUUUUAUAUUUUUCAAAUUUAAUCUCUUGUUUUCGAUUUUGGACAGCAGAUGCUAAUUACAUCGUUUCAAUAAUAGAAUAUAUUUUGUCCACACUUUCUAGGCUAUAUCAAUUUUAUAUUAUUCACUGUUUCACAAUAAUACAAUAGGAGUGUGAUUACGAAUUAAGAUAGUAUAUGGAAUAUUGCAAUUCGCCUAUGUAAAUGUCUUCAUGUGAAUUUAAUAAUAAGUAGGAAUGUUUACUUCUGAUGGUAAUAAAUGCACAAGAUACAAAGGAUUUGGUUUGUCGAUGCCUAAAAUAAAUAAAUAUAAACCAAUUUAAGACA